AUGCACAAUGGAAAUGGCUAUGAAUUGCCAUUGCUGAUUGCUAAGAAUAGGGGCAACAGUCGCAUGCCAACGCUUCUUGGACGUGAUUGGUUGAGGCAUCUAAGGUUAAACUGGCCCCAGAUAGCGAAUGUUAACACCGUCAAUGAAAAGGUGAUGGUUGAAUCCUACAGGGAUGUGUUCACUAAAAACAUGGGUGUGAUAAAGAAUUUCAGCGCAUCUAUUGUAUUGAAGGAAGGAGCACGCCCAGUAUUCUGUAAAGCGCGUCCUGUGCCGUAUGCUCUGCGUGAUAAAGUCGAAAAAGAGCUGCGCGAACUUGAAAAACAGGGUGUCAUAAGUCCUGUGCAGCAAAGUCAGUGGGCUACACCGUUGGAUGUAGUGCCAAAGAACGGAGGCAAUGGUGUGAGAUUAUGCGGGGAUUAUCGUGUGACUGUUAAUCCAGCUAUCACUGUUGCACAUUACCCAUUACCGUUACCUGAGGAUGUUUUUGCAUCGUUGAGUGGUGGAACACAUUUUACUGUUCUCGAUUUGUCUAAGGCGUACUUACAGUUGGAAGAUGAUGAAUCCAGUCGUGAGCUGUUAACGGUAAACACUAGUCUGGGACUUUUUCGCAUGAACCGACUACCAUUCGGUAUUGCAAGCGCGCCGUCCAUUUUCCAGUCUGUAAUGGACCAAAUCACAACAGGCUUACAGGGUGUCGCCUGCUACUUGGACGACGUUUUGAUUGCAGGUCGAGACUGUCAUGAGUGCGUAGAACGGACAGAAAAAGUCUUGGAAAGGCUCAGAAAUCACGGAAUCAAGGUUAACAGUGACAAGUGUCAGUUUUUUCGGUCCAAAGUCACAUACUUGGGUCAUGAAAUAGAUAAGGAUGACCUUCGUCCCACUUCAGAUAAGCUGAAAGCCAUCCGGGAAGCUCCCACACCAAGUAAUGUGACAGAGUUGAAGGCUUUCUUAGGGCUCUUGAAUUUUUAUUCAAGGUUUCUGCCAAACACUGCGACUGUGCUUGAACCGCUGUACAAGCUCCUGAAAAAGAAUGCACAAUGGCAAUGGUCAGCAGACUGUGAAAACAGUUUCAAAAGGGCAAAAGAGUUGUUGCAGAAUAGUCAAGUUCUUGCAUUAUACGACAGUGAAAAGCCACUGAAGGUGACCUGUGACGCGUCAUCCUACGGCCUUGGGGUCGUAUUAUCACAGUAUGACGGCGAAACACAGUAA